AUGAGGGAGGCCCUGAGGAGCAGCCCCUCACCCCCACUGACCCCGGACCCAGAGUGGCUCUAUGACCUCCUCCAUCUGCAGAGCCAGGACCUGGGCAGGGACGCCUUGGCCCCCACCGUCACAGCCCUGCUCUGCCUUGGGCUGAGUCUGGGCCCCGGGACCCGAGGGCAGCAAGGGACCCUCCCCAAGCCCACCCUGUGGGCUGAGCCAGGCUCUGUGAUCACCUGGGGGAGGCCAGUGACCCUCUGGUGUGAGGGGACCCUGGAGGUCCAGGAGUACCGUCUGGAGAAAGAUGGAAGCUCAGUGCCCUGGGACAGACAGAUCCCACAGAAGACCAGGAACAAGGCCAAGUUCCCCAUCCCAACCAUGACACAGCACCAUGCAGGGCGAUAUCAAUGCUACUAUCACAGCCCUGCUGGCUGGUCAGAGCACAGUGACACCCUGGAGCUGGUGGUGACAGGAUCCGAGGGCAAAACCUGGCUCUCAGCCCUGCCCAGCCCUGUGGUGACCUCAUGAGGGAACGUGACCCUCCAGUGUGGCUCACGGCAGGGAUAUGGCAGGUUUGUUCUCACUAAGGAAGGAGGACACAGCCUACGGACCCUGGACUCACAGCAAGACCCCAGUGGGCAGUUCCAGGCCCAGUUCCCUGUGGGCCCCGUGACCCCCAGCCACAGGUGGACAUUCACAUGCUAUGCGGUUACAGGACAACCCCCCCAGGUGUGGUCAGAACCCAGUGACCCCCUGGAGCUCCUGGUCUCAGGGCUGUCCAGGAAGCCCUCCCUCCUGACCCAGCACAGCCCAGUCCUGGACCCUGGAGAGAACCUGACCCUCCAGUGUCACUCAGACAGUGGUUAUGACAGAUUUGCUCUGUCCAAGGAGGGGGGACCGGACCUCCCACAGCACCCUGGCCAGCAGCUCCAGGCUGGGCUGUCUCAGGCCACCUUCCUUCUGGGCCCUGUGAGAGGCUCUCAUGGGGGUCGGUACAGAUGCUACGGUGGACACAGGCUCUCCUCUGAGUGGUCAGCCCCCAGUGACCCCCUGGACAUCCUGGUCACAGGACAGCUCCCUGCCUCACCCUCCCUCUCAGUGCAGCCGGGUCCCACAGUGUCCUCAGGAGAGAACGUCACCCUGCUGUGUCAAUCAUGGAUCCAGUGGGACACCUUCCUUCUGGUCAAGGAGGGGGCAGCUGCCCCCCUGCGUCUGAGACCAGAGUCCAGAGCUCCAGGGUUCCAGGCAGAAUUCUCCAUGAGAGCUGUGACCUCAGCCCUGGCGGGGACCUUCAGGUGCUAUGGGUCUCAAAGCUCAUCCCCCUACCUGCUGUCAUGGCCCAGUGCCCCCGUGGUCCUGGUGGUCUCAGGAGGCCCUGAGGAGGAGCCCCUCACCCCCACGGACCCAGGACCCCAUAGUGGACUGGGAAGGCUGCUGCAGGUUCUGGUCGGGGUCUCAGUGGCCUUCCUCCUGCUGCUCCUCCUGCUCCUCCUCCUCCUCCUCCUCCGGCAUCAGAGCAGACGCAGGAAGGCGGGUCCAGCCCAGCCGCUGCCGCCCAGGAACAACACCUCUGCUGCCCCAGCAGAGCCCUGGCUACACCUGAGGCACCGCAGAGGAGGGUGCCAAGUUGAUCAUCCGCUUCGGGCUCUGGACACGGAGCAGGGCAAACCCGGGCUGCAAUCCUGCGCAGCCUCCGUCAGGUUACCCCGCUCCUGGGUCCGCGCUGGGAACCUUCAGGGCCACCGCCACCUGGCUGCACUGAGGAGCCCCGAGCCUCCUCCCCAGCGUCCUCCUACCUGGAGCGACACCUGCGUAGCUCCGUCCACUCCUGUGGACAGCAGGAGCUCUGGGAGCUGUGGUCUGCUCCUGGACUGUCCCCUCAAGGCUUGGUCCCCAGGGGGCACUACUGGGAGGCGGGGAGCGUGGGGAGCUGGGCCUGGUGGGAGGUCUCCCACUCACUGGACACGUGCCCUGGACGGGGGUCCUGGGACCCCGCUCCUCCUCUUCCUCCUUCACUCCUGGACAGGAGGUGAGCACGACCCCCCACCGUCCAUCGUGUUGGCUGCCCUGUCACGGACCCAAAGCCUUGGGGCCAGUCCACCCAAGACCAGAACCUGUAGCACUGUGGGCCUCGAGGGGCUUCUCCACAGACUGACCAUCUCAGGCAUUUGCUCCAGUUACCGUGCUGACUCACGAGGGGCCAGGCUGGGGACUUCCGCCUGAGGGCAGGAGCCCCAGAAGGGAGCCCAGCGGUAGGGACACCCUGAGGGACGCCUGUGUGUCCUCCUGUGACUGGGGCUCAGGGGCCAGGGAAGAGGCCUGACGGGCCUGGGUGUCUUGCCCAGGGUCCAGGGGAGCCUGUGUCCUCCUUCCCUCGUCAGAAGCAACCGCCACAUCCCAGUGUGACUGCACCUUGCCAGGAGCUGCCGCUGCGCCUACGGCAGCAGGAGGAGGCGGGGGCUCCCUGGGGCCCUGGCGCUGGCGCCCAGGGUGGGGACGUGCCCGCUCCACCCCUUCCUGUGGGUGCAGGGGCUGUGACCCCUGUGACCAGGCACCCUGAACUCAAGGAGGACCUCGCGUCCCCUGGGGAGCAGGGAGCAGACUCCUCCAGUGCCCAGGAUGCCCUCUCCAGGUUUCCUCAGGAACUGAUCCUGUCCCACUGAGAGUAGAUUGGAAGCGGGGCGUGUUGGUGCAUGCCUGUAAUCCCAGUGGCUCAGGAGGCUGAGGCAGGAGGAUCACAAGUUCAAAGCCAGCCUCAGAAUUCUGAUGAGGCCAUAAGCAAAGUCAGACCCUGUCUCUAAAUAAAAUACU